AUGAUGAUGAAGCGGAUUCUCUACUGUGGACGACAAGCAUUAACGCGUACUAAGGUUUUGCAAAGCCCAAGAGGGCUCACUCUCUUUCCACCGCCGGUCCUCGGAGCGACCAGAGGAGCGGAUCAUCGUCGGCUAUCUUCAGAGAGCAGAAGAAGAGGAGCGUGCAUUCAGAGUUUCUCCAUUUCACCGACUCAAAUGACAGACAGUAGAAGAAGAAUGUCUUACUACCCCUCUGAUGAAGAAGACGACAAGGAUUACCUACUCUUCAAGAAUCUGCUGGACGUUCCUUGUGAGUUUCUGGCAAAGGAAACUAAGAGCUUUAUGGAUCUCAUCAGCUGUGAUCCAAGUCUGCUUGAGGAGGAGGGCUCAGUGUCGAAGAUCAUCAAUUGUGUGGUAGUACCUACUCUACUAAUGGAGUCUGAAGAUGAGGAAUUGUUUGAGACUGACUACAGAAGAUUUAUUAGCUGGGAAACAGAUUCAGAGAGCAGAAGAAAAGCCUACAAUCUCUUUGAACAAAUCUUCACAAGCUGUGAAAAGGCUAGAGUGAUUUCCUUGAAAGAGGUGGUUAACCUGCUUGAUUCAAGGGAUUGGAUGGAAGUAGAAGCUGGAGUUAAGCUUGCUGCAAGUAUGGUAAGGUGUUCUAGUGUGGUGCUCGUGGAUGCCAAAGGUUUCACAAUGAUGUGGAUCUUACCUCUCUUGCAUAGGGAUGAUUCUCCAAUGGUGGUGAAGGCAUCGGCAUUGUGCUUUCUAGCCUCUGCUGCCCAUCAAGGGCGUGUCACUACAUCUUGGAGAGGAGGCAUCGUAUCUGCAUCAUUUAAACUGCUCAAUGAUCAAUCUAUGGGAGUCCAAUCAUAUGCCUGCAUAUGUCUGGAGGAAUUGUUCAAGGAUAAUGAUUGCAGCAGCGGUCAUGGUGAAGCUUUGGUCAAUUUGUAUGUGGCUUUUCGAAAAUCCCAGUAUAAUCCAUAUAUACUGAGAUCCAUCUACCAGAUUCUGUUGUUUUGUGGAAUCAGCGAUGAAGAGAGAUUGAUUCAUCUUCUGGAUAUGUUUGAAGAUCUGGUUUCAUGUCCCAUCACUGAGGACCACGGCUUCCAUGUGCUCAGGGAGGUUAUACAGAAACUGGACUACAGUGAUCUCGAUGUCUCGUUUCUUGGCCUUCCACGGAACUGAUCGACUUGAGGACUCAGUCAAUUCCGUUCGUCCUGGUGCCUUCAUUGAUUUUCUGAUGGAAAGCUGGGCUCCUAGUCUGAAGCUGAUCACUGAGACCAACGAGAUCAUACUAACCACAGCUGCUUCCACGAGACUGAUUUUUCAAUCUCAAGCUCUUCUGGAUCGAUCAACAGAUGAGCUCUGUGGGGAGAUGCUGGAUAGUAUACUCCAACUUGUGUCAAACAAUGAACAGGAACUCUCACAGAGAUUCGCUGCUGCCAAGAGAAGAAUGGAUCCUCUCACAGACAUUAAAGAUCCGUUGCACUACUUGUGUAAUUCUUUGUCGACGGUUUCUCCUGCCAGGUACAAAGAGAUUAUUGACAAGUACCUCUGUCAAGACAAGCGCGCAUACUUGAGCAAGCUGUGUGCUCGGUACAACUGUGAAUUUUUCAAAGAGGAAGGGGUCAAUGGAGAUGGGGAGACAACAGAGCAACUCUGAAGCAAAGAUGCUCCAGUUAUGCGCUUUUUUUUUUCCUUAUAACCUCGACUCUCUUUUAUUUACUGGGGUUGCACUAUUUUGUCAUUAAAGUAGACGAGAAAACUUGACUCUCUUUUCUUUAAUGGGGUUGCACUAUUUUGUCGUUGAAGUAGAGAAAACUUGAUCUCUUUUGUUUAUGAGGUUGCACUAUUUUGUCCCUGAUUAAAGUAGAGAAAACUUGAUCUCUUUUGUUUUAA